UUCGACGGUUCUAACCUAAAACCGUAAAUAAUAAUGUUUAUUUGUCAAAACAACGGAAGUUUCUUUAAAAAUUGUGUAUUUUAGUAUAAGUUUAAUCAGACGGUUGUUUUGGUGUAACUUUGUGGUAAAGUUAUCAUUUGUCACAAGCCAUGGGACCCUACAACAAAUUGUAUCUUGCCAAAAAUUUGGACUCUUUGGAUCUUCUUGCGAAGAAAGACUGUGGUGAUCUUAAACAUUGUAAAUUUAAUUCAAUUUAUAAUUCUUUGAAUACACUUUACAAGCAAAGUCAACUAAAUGUUCUCGACCAAGAAAAAACGUACAUCUUGCUUGCUAGAUAUUUGAACGUUUAUAACUAUCUUCUGAAUGCCGAAUCUGAUAAAAAGUUUCUCCAAAUAAGAUUUGGUUCAGAGUAUGAGAAGGUUUUACUGCAUUAUGAAAAGACUAAGAAGAGUCUCGAACAGAGAUACGCCUUACUGGAUAAUGACAGCCCCGCAGUUCCUCAGUCCGAAGAAAAAGAAUCGCAAUUUGUAGCAAAACCGAAACAAAUUUUUGACAGUGAAUUUAUAACUUGCCAACAAUUAUACAGUGCCUUACAGAAAAAUUAUAAGUUUUUGCUUGUUGACGCUCGUCCACAGAGUGAUUUUGACGAGUCGCGCAUUAAUCACCCUAAUUGCAUCAACAUCCCUGAUGAAACUAUUGCUGCUGGUUUGUCAGCUAACGUUUUGGGGAAAUUAUUGCCGAAGGAAACGCAAGAGAAGUGGGAGUUAAGGGACAAGUACGAUGUGAUUGUAUUGUUUGACUGGAAUACAUCUGCAGAAAACUUUGCUUUAACAAAAUUGAACAAAUUGCAUUUGGCUCUAGUGAAAUGGGAUUUGAAUCGUAAUUAUAGGGAAAGGCCCGUGCUGCUAAAUGGGGGCUAUUUGGAGUUACUCCAGACCUACCCCACUCUGUGCAUAAAUCCACAGGUUUAUCUUUACCAGAAAAACAAUGAAUUAGAUGAGUUGCUUGAACUUGACGACAUCACAUACCCCACCGAAUCUGACAACAAGACACACGUCAUGGGGUCUCCUGAUGACAGUCUCAGUGAUGACACCUCUAGUGACAAUCAAGUCACAACACAGGAGUCGUCGGAGGAAAAAGAGUACGUAUUCACAAGACAAGACAUUGUGAAUCAACUAGAACACGAGAGAAAUGAAUUGAAGAAAAUCACAGAGCAGUGUGAUAAGGAAACUAGUAUUAAAAAUAUCGCAAAUUUGAAACAACGCGAUGCGGAGGUGCAAGAGGAGAUUGGUCGGCUUGAACACAUACUCGAUGAUUACGAUCAAAACUAUGAGUUUGCUUUGGAUGAGAAUAAAGAGUCAAAUAAAACCGAAGAGAAUCCUGAGAAAUUAAAGGAUAUUAUUGAUGAAGAAAGGGACAGAGAAUUGAAAAAAGCCAGAGCUUUGAAGCCCAAAAACCAGGGAUUACAAGGCGGAAGGGGUAACAACAACGAAAUACCGGAAUACGACAAACCUGUGGUUAAUCGUGCGACCAAACCAACAUUGCAUACCUUGAAACUCCAUCCAGGGGUUGAGGAGCUGGAGUUUAUGACUCCAGGUUUGGUAGGCUUGCGGAACAUCCGAAAUACGUGUUACAUGAGUACCGCCAUCCAGUGUUUCCGCAAUAUACCCGACAUCAAAGACCUCUUCUGCAAAGGCGUUUAUACGAAAUUUAUUAUCCGAAAUCCGGCAGCAAUAAUCCACGAAACAGCCAAUUUGAUUCGCCAACUAUGGUCGAGACCAGUGAAAUCAAUCGAUCCGCACGAGUUUUACAACAAAAUCGGGCAAUUAGAACCCACUUAUAAGCUAGGAAAUCACGAAGAUUGCAUGGAGUUUUUCCUCUUUAUGUUAAACCACUUAUGUGAAGAUUGUCGGUAUGAUGUUCCUCUGCCCACGGUUUUGACAACAAGACAGAAAGCUUGGUACAACCAAUUCGAGGGGAAAAACUCGAUUUUCAUCGAUUAUUUCUACCACCAGAUUAGAAUAACUCAGCACUGCAAACAGUGCGACAAAAAAACUUUCAAAUUUGAGAUUGAGAGUACGUUCAUGUUGUCAGUUCCUGAAGAAGACUUUACUUUAGAUGAUUUGAUGAGUGACUACAUGGCUGAUUAUGUCAUAGCGGAAUAUUGCUGCUCUAAAUGCAAAAAGCCGGUAAACAACCAAAAGGAGAUUAUUUACGAACCGAAAAUUAUGGUUAUUGUUCUUAAAAGGUACAGGCAGCUUGUCACUAACGGUGUCGUUAUACUAAAGAAGAUUGAAUCUCGGGCUCAUUUCAAAAAACGGGACUUCCGGCUUGGUAAAAGUCGUUAUCAGCUAAACGCGUUUGCUAUGCACUCAGGAAAUAUGAAUUUUGGGCACUAUACAGCUGCAGCUUUGACUUCCAAAGGUUGGUACGAAUUUAACGAUGAAAAUGUUAAAGCAAUCAACAUCAACGACGAUUCACUUAAAACGAAGGCUUGUGUUUUCUUCUAUUCGAGGUGUGAUGAAUAAGAAAUUAGAUUUGUGAUAUUAUUCAAAUGUUAGGUUAAAUUGUACAAAAUGUACAGAUUAAUAAGUGCUCUUUUUAAUUAAAGUUUAUGAAAGUUAUCAUUUUGAAAUUUUAAGGGGCUUCUCUGAUUUUGUUCUGUUCGAUUUGAGAAGACUAUUUUUAGAUAAGUAAGCGUUGCGAUGCAUUUUUUUGUAUUUCUACUUGAAUAUGUGUACUUGUAAUGUGCCUUACGGAAGUCACCCUAAAUAUAUAUUUCAGUAUUCAUUUUUCCAUUUCUUCCGUAGGUCACUUAUUUGGUCUGAUGUUGCAUUUAAAUGCAAACUUUUUGUAACAGACUGACAGUUCGUUAAAUAAAGUUUUAUCAGUUCUU